CUCUAGCAACUACAAGUGCUUUAGGUGAUAUUUAGUUGAGAAAAGUAUUAAAAAAGUGGAUUUUUUUUGUUGUUGUCAAACUAAUAUUUUCGGCGAAAACCAAAAGUUUUAAGGAUACUUAAAAUGAGAGGUUACCUUUUAGCUGUAGCCUUUGUAGCUACUCUUGCUAUAACUGCAGCUAUAGAUGAAGAAUGUGUGGAGCGUAAACUACGCGGUCUACCCGUACACUGGCCCAAUCCCACCGACUGCUCCAGUUUCUAUCGUUGCACCAAUAAGAAUAUCAAACGUGAACUAUUGUGUCCCGAGGGUAAAGAAUACAAUCCCAAAACUGGUCGCUGUGGCAACAAGGGUAAAAAUCUUUGCCGUUUAAGUUUGAUAGCACCAUUAGCCGCUGCUGUGGACAAUCCUUGUGCUGAUGAAGUUUCCGGUACGUUUGUAGCGGAUCCUAAGAGUUGUCGCAGUUAUAUGAUAUGCAACAAUAACUUAGCCUAUCCGCAGACAUGUGAUGCUGGCAGCUUCUUUAAAACUGAUUUAUCGGCUUGUGUACCGGAUACACAAACUGAAUGUUGGGAAAAUUUGUGCGUUAAGAAGGCUAAUGGUGUGUAUGUGAAAAACGCCAAUGAUUGUCAUAGUUUCUAUGUGUGUAACAAUGAAAAGGCUGUUGCCCAAAACUGUCCCACUGGUAGCUAUUUCAAUGAUAAGAGCUUAAAUUGUCAACCCGGAAAAUGUCCAUCUGAGGAGGUUGAUACUACAACCCAUGCUCCAGAAACUACUACACCACUUUGCGAAGUUGAAACUACCACAACUUGUGCUGCUCCCAAAGAAACCACUACAUGUGCCACGGAAACUACAACACCACCUUGCGAAGUUGAAACAACCACAACUUGUGCUGCUCCCGAUGAAACCACUACCUGUGCUAUGGAAACUACAACGCCAUACUGUGAAGCUGAAACUACUACCACAUGCGCCGCUGAAGAAGAAACCACGACCUUAGCCAAUGACGAAGAUGAUUGUUCAACUCUUAAUUGCGACACCACCAAAUGUCAAAAUGUCAAAGAUGGCUUUGUCUAUCCCGCUCUUAACACCAAUGCCGGAUUCUGUGUUUGUCAAAAGCAAAAACCCCAAUAUCGUGAAUGUCCCAAUGACGCUAUCUAUCAUCAAAAUCUGCAGAUUUGUGUGACUCAAGAUAAAGUAUGCCCAUCAAGCGAAUGUUUGCAAAAACCCGACUAUGCCACCUUCCCUGCUUCCAAUACCACAACCGGUUUCUGCAGAUGUUUAGAUGGUUUAGCUGCCUAUUUUGAUUGUGUCGAAAGGGAUUUUAUUUACAGCGAAACAUUGGGUUUUUGUGUUAAGGCGCCAUCCUCUAACGGUGAUGAUUGUGAAGAGGAAACUGAAAAAUUGUGUCCAGGAGGUUACUCGGAAGGUGAUUUUGUACCUCAUCCCAAUAAUUGCAUGCUCUUCUAUAUUUGCUAUGAAGGUGAAUUGGUGGAAAGCAGCUGUGAACCUGGAAACUAUUUCGAUGAUGAGAUUAAGGCUUGUCUACGCGAUACCCAGGGUAAAUGUCCCGAAUGUCAAGUAACCCAAACAAGUGCCGGAAACAGACGUAAUCGUCGCAGUGCUAGAGCCCCAAUUUGUGUUGAAGGUGUCAAGUCAGCAGCCAAUAAUUGUACUCAAUAUUACAAAUGUGUCGGUGGUCAACGACUUUUAUAUGGCUGCGGCAGAGGUAAUUUCUUCAAUCCCAUUACAUUGACCUGUGAAUUCGAUGCCAAUCACCUGUGCCCAGAUGUCGCUAGCUGUGUCAAUGGCCAAAAGACCGUUUAUCUCAUGGAUAAGGAAAAAUACUAUGAAUGUGUGAAUGGCCGACAAGAAUUAAAGAGUUGCGACGAAAAUAGCUACUUCAAUAAACUCUCAUUGACCUGUGUAGCCAACGAGGAAUGCACCUGCCCGGGUGGCUAUAAAGAAGGUCAAAUUUCGGCCCAUCCAGAUGACUGUGAUAAAUUCUAUAUCUGCAUUGCUGGCGAACAAAUGAUACAUGAAUGCGGUAAGGGUAAUUACUUCGAUAAAGAUAAAUUAAGCUGUGAGAAGGAUGUUAAAAACAUCUGCAAUAUUGAGAAGCCUUGUCAAUGCCCCGGUGGCUAUGAAGAGGGUGAACUAUCGCCCCAUCCCAAGGAUUGUGAUAAAUUCUAUAUUUGCGUUGAUGGCAAACAAGUGCUACAAGAAUGUGGUGAGAAUAAUUACUUCAAUAAUUAUACUAAAACCUGUGAACCCGACAUCUAUAAUGAAUGCUGGACCAAAACACCGUGCACCUGUCCCGGCGGCUAUGAAGAAGGAGAUUUUUCAGCUCAUCCUACGGAAUGCAAUAAAUAUUACAUUUGCCAUGAUGGUCAUCAAGUCUUAGAGGAUUGCGGUACAAAUAAUCGCUUUAAUAAUGAUACCCUAACAUGCGAACCCGAUACUGAUCAUGUCUGUUGGCCAAAUUUGUGUGCCGGUCAGGCCAAUGGUGCUUUAGUGGGAAAUCCCCAACAAUGUAAUACUUUCUUCUUAUGCGAAAAUGAACAAGCCAUCCCACAGUCUUGCUACGAAGGUCAAUAUUUCAAUACUACAACACAUGCCUGUGAAGCAGAUCUUGAGGCGGAGUGUUAUAAACCAUGUGAAAAUGAAAACGCCGGACCUAUUAAACUUCUACCUCAUCCUAUUUGCAAUAAAUAUUAUUUCUGCAAUGGCCGUAACACCCAUGUCGGUACAUGUGAUGUCGGUAGUUUUGAUAUCGAAACCGGAAUUUGUGAUGCAACAAAAAAAUGUUUCCCAAAUCCAUGCGAUAAUUUGCCACCUUUUGCUGCUUUUCCCGAUCCAUACGAUCCUACCAAAUUCUAUAUAUGUAAAGAUAAAAAGCCAAUACCUAUGAAAUGUUUAGAUGGGAUGGAAUUCGAUCAUGAAUUAAAACUCUGCGUGAAAGUUUCAGAUCCUGACUGUGACACCUGUACGAAGGAUGGAACUUAUCCGACUUUAAAUGUAGGUAACGAUUAUGAAUUUUGCGUAUGCGUCGAUGGUAUAAGUACGAAAAUCGAAUGUCCCAAGGAUUCUCCCUAUAACUCAGAAGUAGGAAUAUGUUAUUCGAAUGCUCCUUGUGAUCCCACUUUCUGUUUAAAUAACAAAGACUAUGAAGUGUCGGAAAAUCGCAAUGAUACCAAAAGUUUCUGUAUGUGUAUUGAUGAAGAACCCAUUAUUGUCAGUUGUCCCAAUAAUGGUACAUUUAAUCCAUAUAUUAAAAAAUGUUCGGAAUAUGAAAGUUCGCCCAAAUGCUUACAAUCCAUGUGCGUUGAUCCCAAAAACAAUCUAAAGACUUUUAAUCCUAUCGAUCCUAAAAAAAGUAAUGGUGUGUGUGUUUGCAGGCAACAAAUUGCCACAUAUGAACCCUGUAGUUAUGGUAGUACCCUAAAUACCGAGUUAACUAUAUGUCAAUUAGCAGAGAUUAAUUGCAAUUCUUAUCAGUGUCGCGAUUUACCAGAUAAAACCAAAAUACAAGCAUUGACCACAUACAACGGUUAUUGUGAAUGUGUUAAGGGUAUUGCCACCUAUUAUAAUUGUCCCAAUAAUGGUGAAUUUAAUGUAAAUACCGAAAAAUGCGAAACACCGAUUUGUGAUUUAACAAAAUGUGAAAUCGAAGGAUACAUACCAGCCUCAAAUACAACCGAUGGUUAUUGUGACUGUAAGACUGGCAGCUAUAAAUCUUGUCCUGAUGGUGAAAAAUUCGGUAAAUUUGGUAUUUGCAAGCCGCCAUGUGUCAAUCUAUUGUGUAGUGGCAAACCGGAUCAAUAUCUCAUACCAUCUACCGUUAAUGAUCAUAGUUUCUGUAUUUGCCAAGUUGGAACGCAGAACGCAAGUUAUGAGGAAUGUAAUCCUAAAAGUUAUUUAUUCGAUGAAACCAAACAAAUGUGUGUGGCAAAUAGUGCGGAACUAUGCGGUACGGAUGAAUGUGGUGAUAAUCUAGGACCACGUCCAGCUAUAGAUACUACAACUGGUUUUUGUUUGUGUACACAAUCACAAGGUAAACCUGUAUAUACGGAAUGCUUACAAGGUAUUUAUGAUGACAGCAAAAAAACCUGCAUAAAGACAGCAAAGGACGUCUGUGAUAUUAGGCAGUGUGCCGGGGCAACAAUGGAACAACCUAUUACAUUGCCUUCUAAUCAGAGUAAUGCAGAGUUUUGCUAUUGUUCAAGUCCCACGGAUGCUAUGUUAUUAAACUGUCCCAAUUAUAAAUACUACAAUCAUGCCAAGGGUAUGUGUGUAAGUCAACUGAGCGAUGAUUGCAAAAAUGGACAAACUCAACAAGUUGAACCAACCUGCAACGAAUACAAAAUAUGUCUUGACGGCAAAUGGCAACAUAAAACUUGUCCCGCUGGAGAAUACUUUGAUGAUGUUCGAGGAUAUUGUUGCUUAGAUACCGAGGGUGUUUGUGAAAAGAAAUCCGAUUGUACUUGCUUGGGUGCCUAUUAUGAGAAUGAACAUUUGCCACAUCCCAUCAAUAAGCAUAUGUAUUAUGUUUGUAAGGAUGGUAUGUUGCAUGAACACAAAUGUCCUGCGCAUCGCAUUUUCAGCGUCACUCAGAAACAGUGCGUUAGAGGCAAACAUCCUGACUUAACUUCUAUGGGUUUACCGCAAAAACGUUCGCUUGACUUUGACAAUGAACAUGAAUUCGGCUGUUUGGAAAACGACAAACGUUCGGUGCCCUCCAAUUGUUCACAAUAUGAAAUCUGCCAGCAACAGAUUUGGCAGCGUAAAACCUGCAGCAAUUAUCGCUAUUAUAAUCCCGAACAAAAGAAAUGUCUAGAGCCACGCGAUGAUUUUGUCUGUACAUAUGCCAAAGUAACUUCGCUACCCUCCUGCGAUGCCAGCCGUGAACUGCAACUAUAUCAAGCCAAAACUUGUCACCAGUACUAUCGCUGUCAAGAGGGCAAAUGGCGUUUGAAAAACUGUGGACGUCAGCAGUAUUUCAAUAAUAAAAAGGCCACCUGUUUGCCGUUGCCCGAUGAACCGGGAUUUCAGUGUUCGAAUCAAACUUUAGGAAGGGAGGAAAAUGUUAUCACUUCAUGUCAACAUUUGACUCAACGUUAUUAUGCCAAAAAUUGUGCCAUGUUUUUGCUGUGUCUGGACAAUGAUUGGUGGUAUCAAUAUUGUCCCGAGGGCAUGUUUUACAAUCGUACUUUAAACUAUUGUGUGCCGGAUGUUAAGCAACAGUGUAAAGAUGUGAUUAAAGCUAAUGUUUUACCUAUAGCCGAGGAGUAUACCAGGGAUAAGUGUCAACAGGACGGUUUGCUUAGACCCUCGGCUAUGGCCUGUAAUCGUUAUUUUGUGUGUGUUAAUGGCAAGUGGCAAAUGCAACAUUGCGGUCAGCGAGAAUAUUAUGAUGCCAGCAAUGCCAAAUGUUCCACGGAUAACGAAGGUGUUUGCAAGAAUUUACAUAAAGAUUGUUUAGCUAGCGAAAAGAGAUCUGUGCCGCGUAAUUGUUCGGCUUACGAACAGUGUUCCUCCGAAGGCAAAUGGCUGAAAUUUAAUUGUCCUACAGAUGAAAUAUACGAUGAACUUACACAGCGUUGUAUUAAAAAUCAAGGAAUCUGUUCUAAACAUGGUUUUAAAAGAGCCUGUAGGUUAGAGGAAACUAUGCCCUUUAAGGGAAAUUGUUCCAGAUUUUAUUACUGUUCGGAAGAUAGCUGGUAUCUGGGCAAUUGUGCUAAGGGUUUUAUGUUUAGCCAGGAAAAACGCCUUUGUGUGGCCCAUACAUUGGAGGAUCAGUGUCAACCUUUGGAGGUAGCUAGUUUUGGAAAUUCACAAUCAGAAAGUGGUUUGUGUUUUGAUAAACCAGACGGUACCUCUGUGGCUCAUUCUCAGGACUGUACACGUUAUUAUAUUUGUAUACAACAGACCACAUCCCAUGAAAUGCAAUGCUCUAAGGGAAGCUACUUUGAACCCACGUUAGGUUAUUGUCGGCCCAAUGAUGGUUCAUGUCGUCUGCCUUUGACCGGUGUAUGUGCUAAUGCCACAGAUGAAUCCUUGGUAGCUAAUCCUACAGAUUGUCAGUCUUAUUAUAAAUGUUCCUCUAUAAAUGGCACCGAAUUGCUGUUUUGUCCCGACGGUCAAUAUUUUCACAAUCAAACGCACGAAUGCCGCCUAGAUCAGGGUGAGUGUCGAAAGGUUAUAAAGCCCGUGAAAAAAUGCUCAGGCUUUGCCCAUGGCACUCGUUUGGCCCAUGAAAAAUAUUGUAAUAUCUACUAUGCCUGUGUCAAGGGUUUAGCCAUACCCGUAGAGUGUCCCGAUAAUUAUCAAUUUAAUGCACUGCUCGGCAAAUGUAUGCCCGAUUUGGAACAUACCUGUCAAGAUGGCCAAUUAGUAGAGGGUAAUAUCACCUAUUCAUGUGCUAAUCAAACAGAUGGUUCUUAUUUGGCCGAUCUUAAGGAUUGUACUCGUUACUAUAUCUGUUCUCAGGGUGAAGCUUUACCUAAGAAAUGUGGCAACGCCAGUUAUUUCAAUAGUGAACUUUUGCUAUGUGUGCCCGAUGAUGGUUCUUGUCCUUUUGUUACGGAUGACAAUGGCCAGCAGAAUCCCGUAGCUCCGGAUCCUCUAAUGUGUGAGGGCAAACAUGGUUAUCUACUGGCAGAUCCUUUCAAUUGCAACAAUUUCUAUGCCUGUGUACACAAUAAGCUGAAACAUGAAAGAUGCUAUGAUCAGCAAUUCUUCAAUACCUCGAUUCUACAGUGUCAGCCUAAACUCUCAACUGAAACCUCUACAAAUAGUAACACUACCUCGGUGGAUAUAAAUCUAAUAACUAGCAAAACACAAAACCCUCAAUGUCUAGACGAAACCACGUCUAUUCAUAAAUUAUGCUCGGAAUUGGGACAAGGUACUGCCUUGGCAGAACAGGGCGAUUGCCGGCGUUAUAUAACCUGUCAAGAACCAGAAGAGGAACCAGUUUCGCAACGUUGCCGUAAUGGCGAAAGUUUUGACUCUCUAUUAGGUUUCUGCCGACAAAAUGAUGGCACUUGUUUGCUAGAGAAUGGCCAACGGGUGGGAGAAUGCAGUGGUAAACAUGGUCAAUUGGCCCGGGAUCCAAAAAAUUGUCGUAAUUAUUUUGUCUGCAUAAAUGGUCAAAAAAUAGCCCAAACUUGUCAGGCAGAUGAAUACUUUGAUAAAUCCUUAAACAUGUGCAUGCAGGACACCCAAAAAGUAUGCAAUCCAACUCAAACUCCCGAGGAGCCUCAAAAACAGUCCUGUACAGGUUUAAGUGAAUCGGUUCUUUAUCCAUAUGUCCAAGACAACUGCCGUUCCUAUUUCCAAUGUAUCCAAGGAGUAGCCAAAAUACAUAAAUGUGCUGAUGAUCUAUACUUCGAUCCUUUAAGCAUUAAAUGUGUUAAAAAUAAAACCGAAUGUAUUAUGCCCACAAACAAUUUGAAAAGAUCUCCAACGGUGACACAAACCUUUAGCAAGUUAUGCUCUAACAAAAAAUUGGAAUAUCCCUAUGCCAAUGUGGACAAUGAAUGUCGUUCUUUUUAUAUUUGUCAUAAUAAUGGCGAUAUUAGUCAAGAAUUGUGUCCCUUAGGCAUGAUAUUUAAUAAGGAAUUGCUUACUUGCACUGUUGAAAAUAAUACCAAAUGCAAAUGAAACGUUUAGUAAGAUGGAAGAAGUCGGAAAGGAAGAAAUAUGUAUUCAAAUUUAAAGUAAAAAAAAAACAGAAAACUAGUAAAUAAAAGGUGCAGGGAAUUCAAUU